AAUAACUUUCUAAGCGAUAUUGAGACUUACAAGUUGGACUGGAAAAUUGUGCGGAAGGAGUACAAACUGAUUGUAAACGAGAAGACUGAAUUAUUUCGUGCAGUUGGCAACUAUUCGAUUGCAUUUCAUUCCAUCAUUGACUUGUCAAAAAUAUUCGACUACUGUGAUCCGUUCGAUUUGAUUAGGUGGAAAAGAGUUUCUAAGCAAUGGAAUGAGCAAAUAGCGAAUCGUUUUGAGAAUAUCUUAUAUUUGGACUUGUACCGAUUAGACACACGCGUUCUAAUGGAGAAACUGCAUGAUGAAGAUGGUGAACUCUUUGCACAUCCAACCGCACAGAUUCUCAUUCAGCUCGGUGAUCGUAACGCUACAGUUGUUGUUCACGAGAGAUGGACAUCCAAAGAUGUCUCACGGCUGUUUGAACUCGUCAAAAUGUUUGGUGCAAAAGCGCAUACAAUUACGGUAAGCCCUGAAUUGGCUUUUUCAUUGAUCUUAUGCAAUAUUCGCCUGAUUUCUAUAUGA